AUGAAGCGUUGGAAUCCGGAGUUCUCUCUAGAGUUCGUUCCGAACCGACAGAAAGAAGCGUCUGCGCCGCGACCGCCCCCGGUCCUGGAGCCGCUGAAGGACGUCCACGUGGGCCUAGCCCCGCCGUGUCGAGGCCCCGCUCGCCUGGCCCUCCUCCGGGGCCACUACCUCUACUAUCACUACGGCUGCGACGGGCUGGACGACCGGGGCUGGGGCUGCGGCUACCGCACCCUGCAGACGCUGUGUUCUUGGCCAGAGGGCCAGCCCGCGGGCGUGCCUGGACUGGCCGCUGUGCAGACGGCCCUGGAGGACAUGGGCGACAAGCCUCCCGGGUUCCGGGGCUCCCGGAACUGGAUCGGCUGUGUAGAGGCCAGCCUUUGCCUCGCCCACUUCGGAGGGCCCCAGGGGCGCCUGUGCCACGUGCGUCGUGGAGCAGGGCUUCAGGGAGAACUGGAGACUCUUUACUCCCACUUCGCAGGGGGCGGGGGCCCUGUAAUGGUGGGAGGCGAUGCGGAUGCCCAGUCCAAGGCCUUGCUGGGAGUCUGCCUGGGGCCAGACACAGAAGCCUAUGUUCUGGUAUUGGACCCUCACUACUGGGGCUCUCCAAAAAACCCCAGCGAACUACAGGAUGCUGGGUGGGUGGGCUGGCGAGAGGUAAGCACAGCCUUUGACCCUAGUUCCUUCUACAACCUGUGCUUGACCAGUCUUAACUCCUAAAAGUAGCAGCAUGCCCUGGGCUGAGGGUAAGGUCCCAGAACUGAGACUCUCUGGUCCCAUACGUAUACACGCAUUUACUUCUCAAAGGUGUCCCAGCACAGCCUGGGGCCUCUAAUAAUAAAGUGGCAAAGCCCAGCUAA